CAAUUCUCAAACCUGUGGAUCUGAUAUUUGCUCGGAAAUACGGCCCAAUCGAGAUUUGUCAAACGAACUUCUAUUAAGCACUAUAAAGUCUAUAGUAGCCUGGAAUUGCAGUCGACAUGGAGGGCAUCAUGACUGUACCUUACAUGUUGGUCGCAGUGCUGCUCUUGACUACUUCGGCGGUGGCUAAUCGCAAGGCUGUUAUUAGCAAGGAGGUUUGGACGCGUCUAGACGCGGACGGAGACGGGUUGGUGACGCGGGAAGAGCUGACGAGUUUCACAGUCGGAGAACGAACCAGGGACAUGCGGGUGGACAUGGAGAAACAGUGGAAGAGCCACGGCCUGUCUGCGGAUGAGAAGCUGACGUUUGAGCGGUACGCCAAGAAGGUUUACCCCGACGAGUUCUCCCACGCCCACUCCCCCCGCAGGAAGCAGCAGGAGCAGAGGCGCUUCCACCUCUGUGACGUCAACCAAGAUGGCGGCCUGGACAAGGACGAGUUCAUGACCUUUCUGUGGGCGGAGGAGUUUCCACGCAUGCACGACAUCGUCAUACUGGAAACGAUGGAAGACAUGGACAAGGAUGGAGACGGGGUCCUCAGCUACCUGGAGUUUACAGAUGAUGAGGAGGGAAUGGAGGACGGUCCGGAGGCUAAGAAAACGUUCCAUGAGUAUGAUGCUGACGCUGACGGGGAGCUGAGCCGGGCCGAGGUGAAGCUCUGGGUUCUCGGAGCCACGUUUGACGCCGGGAAGGAUGACGAGGACAGCGUCAACAUCGUGUUAACCAAGCUCGACACAGACAGGGACGGGAAGCUGAGCUGGUCUGAGAUCGAGGCUGACCCGGAAGUGAUUGAGGAACAGCUGAUGUAUGAAGAAGACAACGAGACGCUCCAUGACGAGUUUUGAGAGGAAUUUGAUUAAACUUCAUAAUAUAUUACAAAAAUGUCAACAGAAUAUCAAUUACUUUAUCAUUGAACAUUAACUUCUUUCUAAUGUUUUUGAAGCACCAUUUUUAGAAACAUUUUCAGAUUCGUUAAAAUAAUGAAUCAAGAAAUCUUCGUUGUUCUCGUAUCAGCUGUUUUAUGUGUAAGACAGUUUACUGUCAUUAUGUUCAUUAGUUAUAUAUUGAUGUGUACCGUGACAAUUUUCCAAUAGAGCUACAUGCUACGACUGUUUGAGAUAUUCAUGAUAAACGCCAACUAAGGAUG